UCCGGGCGCACGGCGCGGAGCCGGGCGGUGGGAAUGGAGCGAGCAGAUUGAGGCCGCCACUGCAGCGCCGCCGGCAUGAACUUGGCCACGAGCUGAAGCGGCCGGCGGCGGGGGGGCGCGGGGGCACCGGCCGCUAGCCAGGGGGGUGAUCUGCAACCGGGCCAGGCCACUCGGCGGGCGCCUGAGGCCAGGCUGCCCGCGCCGGCGGCUGCCCGCCCCUGGGGCACUGCCCCCGCCGCCGCCGCCGCGGGAGCUCCGCAGCACGCCCUUUUGUCUAGGUCGUUUGGGAGGCGCCUUGGAGAGUCAAGAAUAAAAUUGCAGGUCAAACAAUGGAUGACUGGAAAAAUCGGCUUGUAAUCAAGAGCAUGCUUCCCCAUUUCGCCAUGGUGGGAAAUCGUCAGGAGCCCAGAAAGCUCCAGGAAUCGUCACAGGGAGCCAUUAAGAGGAAACAGGAAGGAGACAACUUCCAAUUUCCAGACAUGGCUGAUGGGGGUUACCCUAAUAAAAUCAAGAGACCUUGCCUUGAAGAUGUCACCCUUUCUGUGGGGCCAGGUGCCCACCCUAGCAUGCCCUGUGCAGAGCUACAGGUUCCUCCAUUGACAAUGAACCCUAGCCCUACAGCUAUGGGUGUAGCGGGCCAUUCGUUACUGCUCGAAAAUAAUCCCAUGAACAACAACGUAAUGGGCUCACCAUUUGUUGUACCACCGACUGCAGAAAUGGGACUGAAAGGGUCCGUGGCUCCUUAUUACGACAAAACCAACAGCACGCCGGCUGUGGACCAGGAACUUCAAGAUCUGCUGGAGGAGCUAACAAAAAUUCAAGACCCUUCUCAGAAUGAGCUAGACCUUGAGAAGAUACUGGGGAGCAAGCCAGUUGAACCACUGGUCUUAGAUCACCCCCAGGCAACCCUGGGCACAAGUCGCAAGCCUGCGGCUCAGAUGCCACACUUGGAGAGCAUUGGUUCCAGCAAGGAGUUUGCUUCUGGUUGCAGCCAGGUCACUGGCAUGUCACUUCAAAUCCCGCCCUCCUCUGCAGGGAUCAGCUAUUCGAUUCCCUCCACCAGUAAGCAGAUGGUCUCACACAGUUCUGCAACGACACAGUCCAAGAGCCAGGUCCAGGUAAUGCACCCUGUGGCUUUGCCCCCACUUCCGGGGCCUCAGUGGCAUCAUGCCCACCAGCUGAAGGUGUUGGCGGCCAGCAAGCAGGGAUGUGCUACGAAGCAGCCAGGCCCCCCCGCCAGUUGGUCUGCCUUGCCUCCUCCAGGCCUCUCCCCACCUUACUGCCCAGUGCCAUCGCCACACCCGCCACCGCCGUUCAGCCCGCAGAGUCUCAUGGUGUCCUGCAUGUCGUCCAGCAACCUGCAGGGGACCGCUCUCCAAGGCUCUCCCAAUGCCUUACUCUCAAGCAUGGCGUCCAGCAGCAAUGCUGGCCUUGGGCCCACCAUGUCCUAUGCUCCCGAGAAGCUCCCCAGCCCAUCUCUCAGUCAUCAGCCGCAGUUCAGCCCACAGAGCUCCAUUCUUGCCAACCUGGUGUCCUCUACCAUCAAAAGCCCUCAAGGCCACUUGAUGUCUGCCCUGCCCACCAGCAGCCUGGGGCCCUCCCCACCCUACCGCCCAGAGAAGCUCUCCAGCCCAGGCUUGCCGCAGCAGUCUUUCACCCCACAGUGCUCCCUGAUCUGCAGCCUCACACCCAGCAGUAAUGCCCUAAGCCAGCAGCAGCAGCAGCAGCAGCAGCAGCAGCAGCAACAGCAGCAACAGCAGCAGCAGCAGCAGCAGCAGCAGCAGCAGCAGCAGCAACAACAGCAGCAGCAGCAACAGCAGCAACAGCAACAGCAGCAGCAGCAAACAAAUGUCAUCUUUAAACCCAGGGCCACCAACUCACCCAAGACCCUGAACAUUAUCAUGCAGCAGGGGCUGGCCAGCCCCAGCCCAGGAGCCCCAGAGCCAUUUACUUUCAGCAACACGAAGCCCUUAUCACAUUUCGUUUCUGAGCCGGGCCCCCAGAAGAUGCCCUCCAUGCCUGCCACCUCUAGGCAGCCUUCCCUGCUCUACUACCUGCAGCAGCCGAUGCCGAAGCAGGCUUCUUCUGCCACUGCGUCCUCCACUGCCACAGCCACCUUGCAGCUGCAGCAGCAGCAGCCUGACCGUUCUUCGUUUCUUCUGCACCAGAUGAUGCAGCAGCCCCCGCGCUUUCAGCGAAGAGUCGCUGCGGAGUCCAUGCCACCUCUGCCCAGACAGCAAGAGAAACAGAGAUCAGGUCUUAUGGCAGUGACCCCUGAACAGCGGAGUGCAUAUAUCACCCAACAGAUGAGUCAAUUUCAAGCCGUCCAAGAACAAAUCACCUCCAAUUGUAGCCGGACCAAGGCGAGCCCCCCAUCCAACCAGCACAUGAUGCCACCCAGAGCUGGGUUCCUUCAGAACAAUCUGAGUCCAGGAAUGAUCCCACCCAGAAGGCACCAAAGCCAUGAGGGCAUGAUCUCACCAACCCCAGGCAAACGGCAAGGAAUUUUCAACUCUAGUCCCCCGUUUCCCAUACCUUUGCGCUCUGGCCAGAAUCUCCUGGGCAGCCUCGGCUCUGUCUGCCGGCAUACACAGAUGCCCAAGGCCGUCCCCUUGGGAGUGCGCCUGCCCGGGUUCAGUCCCAGCCCCCUGGGCAGCCAGUCCCUGAGUCCCCACCAGCUCAGACAGCCUUGUAUGCCAAGAAUGCCCACCAUGUUCAGUGAUGCUGCAUGGGCGGCAGCAGCAGCAGUAGCUGCAACCCCAGUGGUCUUGAGGGAACCACCCCCAAGCCAAGUAAAUAAUAGCAUCCAGCAGCAUUUUGAUAGCAACUCGAUCUUCGCCAAGGCACCCAUGAGAGUCCCCCUAGUAGCUCCAGCCUGUCCAUCACAGCAAGCAGUCAUGCCCCCCAAUCAGGGGACCCCAGGAGGCAGGCCUGGCCAUAAGGUGAGUGCUGCCCUGGCCAACCCCAGGUUCAGCCUCAGACAGAGCCCAGUGCGGGGUCCCGUGCCUGUGCUGAAUGUCACCAAGUCCCUCCAGCAGGGCAUAGCUAGCUUUGGUCACAUGAGUCCCAUACAGGGUAUCGAGCCGCCGCCAAGCUAUGUGGCUGCUGCUGCCGCCGCCGCCGCUGCCUCUUCCAUCGCUGCCAGCCAGUCCCCAGAUCCAUUCAACAGAAUGGAUACCUCCCGUGAGCUGCCACCCUAUUACUUUUUGCCCCAGCCCCAACCCCCACUAAAAGAUCUGAUUUCACCACCUGACUGCAGUGAGGUGGAUUUCAUUGAAGCUCUCUUGAAAGGCCCUGGCGUGAGCCCAGAUGAAGACUGGGUGUGCAACCUGAGGCUGAUCGAUGACAUUUUGCAACAGCAGCACGCUGCUGCCCAAAAUGCCGCAGCCAAGAAUGCUGGCCAAGUCACCCAGAAUAGCCAGAGUAACACUCCCCACGUCGACAUCACUCUAGGGAGUGGCGUGAACCCAUAGCAAAUUCACAACCGGCCCCAGACAGCCACACAAUUGUUUCCUUGAGUAGUAACCAUCCAUGCCCAUCCCUCUCUCUCUCUCUGUGACAAAAUGGAAAGCUGGUGAUUUUUCAAGCUACCUGUACAUAUUUAAAAAUUUUGUAAAUGGUUUUCCUAAACAUUAAUGACAGAAGUAUUUAUACUUCGUUUUGUGACUUUGUAAAUAAAGUGACAGCUUUCGUUUCAGUA